CGUUAUCUUCUUUUCCUUUUUUUUCUUCUGAAUAAUAAUCUUUUUUUAUUCGGAAUCAUAAGAAGUCCUACAGACAGUGGAAAAGAUUUUACUCGUGUAUUGGAAUUGACUCUCGGGAGAUCAAUUUGGAUUUUGCCCGUUCAGCUAAUUAAUCAGGAGUGUUGAAUAAAAUGCGGGCGAUUUUGCGAUCGGUAAGACAAUUUAGGAAUGCUUGUUUUGUGGCUCAACGGAAUGGUCGGAUUGAUUCUAGAAGCCGGUCACUGUACAAACUCCCUAGUUCUAGUAUUGCUGAUAUUAGUAUCUGCAAGAAUCCAUCUUCUUUGAUACUCAGAUAUAUGAUAACUAAUGCUGCUGGAGUUGCAAGUAAAGAAGGGAACAGAGGAGGGCCUCUUGUAGAAUACGAAAGAAGAAUUGCCUCUGGUGACCUUUUUGAUGGGGAUGCUUGCCAGGUAGGCACAUUGCAAGAACUUCAGAGACUCUACGAUGAACUGAAUGAGAAAGCUGUAGAUUGCCGGUUGGACCGAUAUGCUGCUUCUGACAAAGCUGGAAGGAGUAGAUGGUUGUGGUCUCGUUUUAUUCCACAGUCGAGUUAUGCACCCGUGAAAGGGUUGUACCUCUAUGGAGGAGUUGGAACCGGGAAGACUAUGCUAAUGGACUUGUUUUUUGAUCAGUUGCCUUGCCAAUGGAGAAAGAAGAGAACUCAUUUUCACGACUUCAUGUUGAAUGUCCACAGUAGAUUGCAAAAGCACAAAGGUGUGGCAGAUCCCCUUGAAGUUGUUGCUGGGGAGAUCUGCGAUGAAGCGAUCCUGUUAUGUCUUGAUGAAUUUAUGGUGACUGAUGUUGCUGAUGCAUUGAUUCUGAACCGGUUAUUUGGUCAUCUGUUUAGUAAUGGAGCUAUUCUUGUUUCUACUUCAAAUCGUGCUCCAGAUAAUCUUUAUGAAGGUGGAUUGCAGAGGGAUCUUUUCCUGCCAUUCAUUGCUACUUUAAAGGAAAAAUGUGUAGCACAUGAAAUUGGUUCAUCCGUGGAUUAUCGCAAAAUGACUUCGGCAGAAGAAGGUUCAUAUUUUAUCGGAAAGGAUUUGACAGACCUUAUCAUGCAAAAAUUUCAAAUGCUGGUCGGUCAGCACGAUGCCGUUCCACAAGAGGUGGAAGUUGUUAUGGGAAGGAAAUUGCAGGUGCCAUUGGGUGGCAAUGGAUGUGCAUAUUUCCCUUUUGAUGAGCUCUGUGAUAGACCUCUUGGAGCCGCAGACUAUCUUGGGCUAUGCAAAAACUUUCAUACGGUGGCAUUGGACGGAGUCCCCAUUUUUGGACUUCACAAUAGGACUGCAGCAUAUCGGUUCGUUACCUUGGUUGAUGUGCUUUAUGAAAAUAAAGCACGGUUGUUGGGUACAGCCGAGGGCUCCCCUGCAGAACUUUUUGAGAGAAUUGUGACCAUAGCCGAUGCGAAUCAAAUCGCUCCGAGGUCUUCAAGGUCAAUCAAGAAGGACGAUAUUGACCUUUGUGUCGACAACGAGCUUGGCUUUGCAAAAGAUCGUACCAUUAGUAGGCUGACAGAGAUGAACAGCAGAGAGUAUUUAGAACAUCACGCCGAGAGGUUGACGGAGACGGGCGGUGCAUCUGGCGGCGGCAUGUAAGAACAUAUAUAUAUUUGUAUCCCAAAGAGAAAGAAAAAAAAAGAAAGAAAUUUGUUUUGUUGUAAGAGACCAAAGCUGGGUGGGGAGCCAUUGUGCAAUAACGCUCCCACUUCACAGGUUUGGAGAUUCAUUCAAAGUGUGUAAUAAUAAUAAUGCCAAUAAAUCUGGAGAAUAUAUAGAGUUUAGAGAAUAAACAUCUGUUGUAACCAUUUUUGGACUUUGGACAAGUGUAAUCAUUCAUUCCUGUUUG